CAAGAUGAACUCUCUCAGCGCUGCCAACACUGAAUUUUGCUUGGAUCUUUACAAAGAGCUGAGCAAGCAAAAUGCUGGUGAAGAAAACAUCUUCUUCUCCCCCAUGAGUGUUACGGCAGCUCUGGCCAUGCUCAUGCUCGGUGCAAAAGGGGACACUGAAGUUCAGAUGGAAAAGGUGCUUCACUUCAACAAGAUCAAGAGUUCAGGAUACGAACAGCACAGUGUGGAACCGACGACGGCUACAAAACUGCAGAGUGAAAAACCUGAAGAUGUUCAUUCCCAGUUCCAGGCGUUAUUGUCACAAAUGAGCAAGCCCAACAAGGACUACGAAUUAAGUAUUGCGAACAGACUGUUUGGCGCAAUGGGAGUCCAAUUAAUGCAGCAAUACGUACACAACACGAAGGCAUUAUACUGUUCCGAGAUGGAAAGAGUUGACUUUUUAAACGCCACCGAAGAAGCCAGAGAAACUAUUAAUUCGUGGGUUAAAAGUCAAACCAAUGGCAAAAUCCAGAACCUUUUCCUUGCUGAUGCUUUGGAUCCAUCAACUGUUCUGGUACUAGUGAAUGCAGUCUAUUUCAAAGGGAAGUGGUUGUCCAGGUUUAAGGAAGAGUACACCAAAGAAUUGCCUUUUUGGACAAAUAAGAAGAAGAGCAAAAAGGUGCCGAUGAUGUUUCAGCGUGGGGAAUUUAAACUGGCCAGAAUUCAAGACCCUCCUGUUCGAGUGAUUGAACUGCCUUAUGAAGGUGAAGAGCUAAGCAUGAUUAUCAUGCUCCCUGAGGAUGAUGCUAGUCUACAACAGCUGGAAAGAUCUCUUACCUGCAAGAAAAUCGAAGAGUGGACCUGUUCAUCAAACAUGUGCCCCUUGAAAGUGGACGUGUAUCUUCCCAGGUUUAAACUAGAAGAGAAAUAUAAACUUAAUGAGGCUUUGCAGUCACUGGGAAUGACUGACGCUUUUGAGAAGCGAAAAGCUAAUUUCACUGGGAUAUCUGAGACAUUGGGGCUUGCUGUGUCCAAUGUCACUCACAAGUGCUUUGUAGAAGUCAAUGAGGAGGGCACGGAAUCAGCUGCUGCCACUGGGGUAGAAAUAGCUGAAAAGAGUGCACACUUCCCCUUUGAGUUUAAGGCAGAUCAUCCAUUCCUCUUCUUUAUUCUAAACAAUACAGCAGCAAAGAGCAUUAUCUUCUUCGGUAAAUAUUCAUCACCUUAA